GGAGGACGGAGGAAUGAUGGAGGAGUGAGGCACAAACCUCAGAGAUCAAAACAAGCUCCCAUGUAAUUCAGCCUACAGCUUAAAGAUGUCACCACUGGUUCUGGGAGUCGGUGCAUGCCUGCUGGGGUGGAUCGCUCUUUAUGCUCUGCUCUGUUACACAAACGGCUCUUGUGGCUAUGAAUGGAACUGUCGGCUGGUCACCCUGAUCCACGGCAUCCUGGCAGUGUGUGUAACAGCAUACAUCGGCUACGUGGAUGGUCCAUGGCCUUUCACCUACCCAGGUACCAAGAACACCCUUCUGCAGAUCACAGCCAUGGUGCUCAGUCUGGGCUACUUCAUCUUCGACAUGGGCUGGUGCGUGUACUUCCAGACCGAAGGACUGGUCAUGCUGGCCCACCACACCAUGAGCAUUCUGGGUAUCCUGCUCACCCUGUGGCUGGGCGAGUCAGGAAUCGAGUCGUGCGCCGUCAUCUUUGGCAGCGAGAUCACCAACCCUUUGCUCCAGACCCGCUGGUUCCUGAAGCACUCGGGACGUUACGACACUUUGCUGGGUGACCUGGUGGACGUGCUGUUCGUGCUUUUGUUCGUGAUCAUGCGAGUGUUCGUGGGCGGCGCCAUGCUGUACUGUGAGCUCAUCUCACCCAGGCCGAAAUUUGUUAUCAAGUGUGGUGGGGUGGCCAUGUACGUCCUGUCCUGGGUGUUCGUGGCUGACAUUUUUAGGUUUUCCUACCGUAAAUGCAGCACGAAACUCCAGCGCUGGAAGAAGCCGCGGGUACACGUCGAUGUCAACGGCCAGGAUGUUAAAAGGGACUGAAUGAGCUCAGAUUCCUCUUACAAACUGAACAUCACUUUUACCAGCAUAUACAGUUGAUGUCAAAAGUUUACAUACACCUGCUAAGAUCAUGUAUGUCAUUGUAGUCUUGGGAAUCCAAUCAUU